CAUUGAUUAACCUCCCUUUCUUCUAUUUUGAAUUCUUGAAACCAAAUCCAAAAUGCCCGGCAUUGCUUUUGGCCGCUUUGAUGAUUCAUUCAGCAUAGCAUCACUUAAGGCCUAUUUGGCCGAGUUCAUUUCCACUCUUUUGUUUGUCUUUGCUGGCGUUGGCUCUGCCAUGGCAUACAACAAAGUGACGGCGGAUGCGGCGUUGGAUCCGGCUGGGUUGGUGGCGGUUGCAAUUGCACAUGGAUUUGCGCUGUUUGUGGCGGUGGCAAUUGGAGCAAACAUUUCCGGCGGGCAUGUUAACCCGGCGGUGACGUUUGGGUUGGCUCUUGGAGGGCAUAUUACUAUUCUUACUGGGAUUUUCUACUGGAUUGCUCAGCUUGUUGGUGCGGUUGUGGGUGCUUUUCUCAUCAAGUUUUCUACUGGACUGGCAACCCCAGUGCAUGGAUUAGGGGCAGGAGUGGGAGCAGUGGAAGGAGUGGUGAUGGAGAUCAUCAUCACUUUUGCACUGGUCUACACCGUCUACGCCACCGCCGCUGAUCCCAAGAGGGGAUCCCUAGGCACUAUCGCUCCCAUCGCUAUCGGCCUUAUUGUCGGCGCCAACAUCCUCGCCGCCGGCCCAUUCUCCGGCGGAUCCAUGAACCCCGCCCGCUCCUUUGGCCCCGCCGUUGCCAGUGGUAAUUUUACUGACAACUGGAUCUACUGGGUUGGCCCUCUUAUCGGCGGUGGAAUCGCCGGACUCGUUUACACUUACGCCUUCUUGUGCUCCGAUCAUGAGGUUCUUCCCAACUAGAUCACCUUUUCUCUUUCUCUAGUAUGCUGUUGUUAUUAUUACUGUUGUUGUUGUUGUUCUUGAUGAUUAUGAUGUGUCAUUUGCUUUGGAAUUUGGAUGGUUUUCAUCAUUACUCCAGUCUUUGUUCCAUUGUAC